CCUAAGGAUAUUAUCCGAGGACUUUGACUUUGAUGGUGAGGAAUUUUUAAAAGUCCCAAUAUGGAUUAAAUUCCCCGGCCUAUCGGUUACACUUUGGAACAAGCAAGAGAUGAGCGAGCUUGCCUCUAGAGUUGGAGUUCCUAUUGUGGCGGACAAGGUGACUCAAGAAAAAUCGAGGUCUCAAUUCGCUAGGGUAUUGGUGGAGGUUGACCUCUCUAGGCCACCUACUAUGUCCAUCCCGAUUAUACAACCAUCCGGUAAGGAAAGGAAUCAAUAUGUCAUAUAUGAAACUUUUCCUAACUAUUGUUUUGAGUGCAAGGUUUUUGGACAUCACCCCUUCACAUGCAAAGUGUUAAACAAGGAGUUGGUAGAGAAUGAGGAUGCAAAAGCUACCAACAAAAUUGUAAGUGUAGCCAAUACCGCGGCUAACAACUCAAAAGAAGGGGGUUCCAACCAACCCGGUGACAUUCCGAAGGGAAAAAAAGGCUUCAACGUGAGUGGGAAGAAAUCAAAGGAUGAUGGCAAAGGGAAGGAAAAUUGGGUUGAAAAGAAAAAGAAUGAUGUGCAAGAGAAUGGGGAGUGGGUGGAGGCCAAGAAGAAAAAGAAAUGGGUCUCUAAAUCCAAAGCAAAUGUGCGCAACUUGAUCACGCCAAAGGUUCCUACUUCUAAGGUGCCUACAACUAAUGCCGCGGCCUCAACUUCUACACCUAAGGCCACGACCCCUGCUGCUCAGGUCCCAAAACAGGCUGCCCAGGCCCCAAAACAGGCUGCCCAGGCCCCAAAACAGGCUGCCCAGGCCCCAAAACAGGUUGCCAGUGCCCAAAAACAAACUGCCGAGGCAGUAAAAGUUGCACCGAGGCUCACCGUUCCUAAACAAACUGCCGAGACUUCAAAGGCAUCUUCCGGGAGCAAAUCAAGUGAAAAGACUAUCAAUUUUCCGAAAAGUGGGAACAUUAGCUUUGAUGAAUUGGGGGGUGAGAUCAUCCGCAAUGUAUAUGAUAUCCAAGAGGGAGAUGUGGUCACUAGAAUCGUUUAUGAUGAUAACAAAAAAAAGACCAUAUAUGUAAUGCAAAAGAAGAACAUUCCAUCGCAUCACCAAAUCAAGAGGCUUGGACCGGAACUACAAAAAGUGAGGGAUGACGAGGGAGGAAUCUCAUUCACGGAUGAAUGCCUUCGAAAGCUUCCGGGAGUGACUCCACAUUAUGAAUGGUAUAAAUUUAAUCAUAGCAUUUUUUAUACUUAUGUGGCUUCUUUCUUUGAUGUAACAACUAGGGAAAACAAGAAGUAUUUCAAGGAGGCAAUGAGGAGAUUUGAAGCAAUCAAAAAAAUGAAGGAAGGGGCGAAUAAGGAGGGCUGCCAAUCCUCCAACGAAUCGGUCUCGGAUGAAUUUUAAAGCAAUAGUAUGGAAUGUGAGAGUCUUGAGGCGCAAGGCAUUGUGGGAAUACUUGGCUCUUCUUGGGGAUCAAAUCAAAGACCCGUGGAUUAUAGCCGGUGAUUUUAAUUGUGUUUGUUCUCCUAGUGAGAGGGUGGGUUCGAAUGCACCCUCGGACUAUUUUUUGAGAGAUUUGAUUGAGUUUAAAAUCCGUGCUAGCCUCCAAGAUGCCCCCUCCACGGGAGAAUUCUAUACUUGGAAUAAGGGAUCUUUGUGGGCUAAGCUUGAUCGGGUUUUGCUCAAUAAUACAUGGGAUCACCUAGGGAUCAAGUGUAAGGCCCAUUUCGAUGAAAUGGAGGUUGAGUUUGAUCACACGGCUACCGUGAUAUCUAUACUCAAUAAUACCUCUCUUAGGCCCAAAUCUUUUAAAUUUUUUAACAUGUGGAUUCAACACGAUGCUUUCACUAACAUACUUAUGCAGAGUUGGAAUGUGAAUAUCAAUGGAACGGCUCAAUUUCAAAUUGCUAAGAAACUUAAGUUGCUAAAACAGCCGCUUAAGAAUCUUAACGAAUUGGAAUUUGGCCACAUCUCUAUGAAGACAAAGAGUGCAAAAGAUGAAUUCAAAAGGCUAAACAAGUUGAUGAUUGACUCACCCGAUGAUGCCGAGCUUAAAGAGCGAGUAAAGGUGGCGAGAAAGAGAGCUACUUUCCUUGGUGAGGCCGAGUGUAGCUUCUUCCAACAACGAGCUAAAGCUAAGCAUAUCCUUGAGGCCGAUAAGGGAACAAAAUACUUCCACGCAAUCGUCAAGAGGAACAUGGCUAGGAAUACCAUAACCUCCAUUACGAUGGAUGAUGGUAACCUCGGGUGUGGGAUCACGUAAGAAGCUGGAUGGGAUUAAGACAUGAGAUGUCUACCUUGCUGAGUUCAAUCAAAUGGAUCAAGAAGACCCAUAAAGGAUCAACGUUGAAGGCCAAAGCAGCCCGCAUUGCUUUCUGUGCAACGGUAUACUACAUUUGGCAUGCUAGGAAUGAGUGCAGAUUUGAUGGAAAGAUGAAGAAGGAGGAAGAGGUUGUUGCUAAGGUCAAACAUGUGGUGUAUAAGAUACUCUACAACAUAUACCCACAUGAGUUGAUCACAUUUUGAUAAGAACGAUGGAAGCCGUUUGUAUAGCCUCGGUUUUGAUAGGCUAAGUGCGUGUACUAAGGCGCAGUCCUAUUUUGUUUCUUUUUGAUUUCUUAUGCCGCGGCAUAGGUGAGCCUUAUGGCUAUCUUUGGUGAUGUCCGUUUUGAAGUGAAAGCUCCUUCCAACCCUCUCC